GCGCGCCUCCGACGCCGGCAUCGUCAAGGAGGUCGCCGACUUCGUCCUCAAGCGCCUCGACAACAAGAGCCCCCUCGUCAAGCAGAAGGCUUUGCGGUUGAUUAAAUAUGCUGUUGGAAAAUCUGGCACGGAUUUCAAGCGGGAAAUGCAACGACACUCAGCGGCUAUGCGUCAGCUUGUUCAUUACAAAGGACACCCUGACCCCUUAAAAGGGGAUGCCCUUAAUAAGGCUGUCCGCGAAACUGCAAACGAGGCCAUUGCUGCUAUUUUCUCCACUGAGGACCCUAAAGCAGUUGUUGUGACAGAAGGUCUAGGCAAGCGCAUACAGGGCUUUGGAAACACUAAUUAUGAGCCAUCAAGAGAUGACAAGAAGUCUUUCCUCAGCGAACUAAGUGAAGUAGUGGGCAUUGGUGGUGCUUCCAUUAAACAGGGUUUGAGCAACUUUGCUGCCACACAUUCAAUGAUGCCAAAUGAUAAUGGUGGUAUGUACAAGAACCCAAUUCGCAGGUCUCUGACCACAGAAACUGAUAGAUAUGGCAGGUACGAUCCAAGUGAAAUUCAAGGUGAGAGCCGUGCUACAUCUGGUGCUUCAAAGAAUGUGAGUUCUGGUUCUUGGGGUCCAAGUCCCUCAAGUUCAGCAUCAGCCGGUGAUACUGAAUCAAGUCAACCAGGAAUUAAGAUUCGUGAGGAGAGACUUUUGGAAACAAUUGUUACUGCAAGCGGUGUGCGGUUGCAACCCACUCGAGAUGCUCUGCAGAUAUUUUUAACAGAAGCCUCCAAACUGGAUGCAGUUGCUUUGAGCCGUGCCCUUGAGAGCAAACUGAACUCUCCAUUGUGGCAGGUUCGCAUGAAGGCUAUCUGUGUACUGGAAGCGGUUGUAAGGAAACAGGAUACUGAUCCUUAUUCCAUUGUUGCUUCAUAUUUCAGUGAGAACAGUGCUUCUGUUGUCAGAUGUUGUGAACUGCCACAAGUUUCUCUCAGAGAAAAGGCUUCAAAAGUAUUAAAUCUGCUGGUUGGGGAACAACCUACCGGAAGCAAACAUCUUUCAGAAUCAAGAACUACACCCACUCCUGUUCAGAUGCCUGAUUUGAUUGAUACAGGGGAUCAGGAUGAUCUAGUAACUCAGAGUUCAGCUCAAGAAAGCAGCGAGCAGAUAAUGGGGAACAGUAAUUAUGCUUCUUCAGUUGAUGAUUUGCUUGGUGGUGAAACUAUUGGUAAUACCAGUGGCACUAGCAAUGGUAAUGGAAGUGAUCUGUUUGCAGAUGUAUCAUUCCAUGAGGAAGAGAUUAAGGAGACUAAUGACCUAUUCUCAGGCAUGACAGUAGAGGAAAAAUCCUCAGCCCCCGUGCAUGAUAACUCUCUGAUCGAGCAAGAUAUAUUUGGCAGCAGCCCGGAGCCAUUGUUCCAAGAAAGAGUUGAUGACAAAGGAACUGUCAAUGAUUUAAUGGCUGGUUUGAACCUUAAUGGCACUACCCAAGCUCAGCCUGGACUAAAAGCAGAAACUAACAGUAAUCUCAAUGGUUCACAGUUCUUUGACAUGAACAGUCAGAAUAGCCAUGUGGCAAGUGGUGCAGCACUAAAUGGUAUCCUUGGUCAAAGCUCCUUCUAUCAACAGGUUCCUAUGCAGUACAACUUGUCACCACAAAUGUUUGGUCAAUCAUUUGCUGGGCAGCAAUUAAACUAUGGUGCUAUGGAAGCUCUUCUUGCUCAGCAGCAGCAGUUACUACAGAACUUGGGAAAUUUCAAUGCUGGACUUGGGCAUCCUGCUUUCAAUUCAAUGAGUGGCGGAAAUGCAUCUGGGAUGCCAGAUAUUUUCAAUUCAAGUAAUCAACCUCCACAUCAAGUAGCUUUGAUGAGCAAUUCUAAGAAAGAUGAAACUAAAGCUUUUGAUUUUGUCUCGGAUCACCUUGCAGCAGCUCGUGGUUCAAAGAAGUAGACCCUAAAAGAAACGGCAUGUUCAGAAUUUUGACAAGAACAGAAAUGUCAGGCUUCAUGGGAUUGGCGUACGGCUGGUUUUGCUUAGCAUGCAGCAGAUGUUGAAGAUUAUCGCUCAAGGUUCCCAGACUGGGUAUUGUGUUGUAUUGUGUAUUUAGAAGAAGGCUGGUUUAAGUUAAAAAAUAAAAUGUGAGUUUCAUUUUCUUUUACCUUUUUCCCAAUUUCUUGUCCUCCUGAAAGAGUCAGACAUUGUAUAUUCAAAUAUGCUGCGGGAUUUUAUCUUUUGUUACUUUACGAAUACAUUUUUUUCUUUUGA